AUGGUGAAAAUUCCUUCAUUGAUUGAAGAAGUCACAAAGGGAUGGUUACAGACUGUUUUCCAAUCAUUCGACAAGACUAUUGAGGUUGAAUCUAUUAAACCAGCUGCAACUGAUUCAGGUUGGUUUAGUCAAAGAUUGACUGCUAGCAUUAUGCAACAAGAUUCUGAUAAAACGACAAAAAAUAUUUUCAUCAAAAUCAUGCCACAAAGUGUUCAAUAUAAAAGUUUUCUAAUUGAGAAUGAUAUUCAUAUUACAGAAUUAGGAUUUUAUCAGUCAUUUUGGAAGGAUUUGAAAGUUUUUUGUUGUGGCAAAUUUCCUGAGAUUGAUAACAUGGCACCUCAUUAUGUUGCCGGUAAAUGUAACAAACAUUCUUUUUUCUUGUUACUUGAAGAUCUAUCACCUUCACAUACAAUGAUUGAGUUUAAUAAAGGUUUCGAAACCUGCCAGUUAGUCAAUGCUGUAAAAAAGAUUGCAUGUUUUCAUGCAGUAGGUUAUUUGUAUGGAAAGCAAAAAAGUUUAAAUUUUGAAAGCAAGUAUCCCUUUCUUAGUAAAUUUCACAAAAAAUUUUCAACUGGUCUCACUGCCUUUCACGCAACAGUUAAUGAUUAUUUAGAAAAAAUCGAAAAUCUUGUCACUGGAGAUUCUUCCCUAAAACACCUUGCACCUUAUGUCAGUAAAUUAAAAGCUACUGGUGAUAUAGGGAAAAAAUUUUCAAAUUUUAUGUUGAUGUCAGGAUCUGAUUUUAUUGUACAUGGUGAUUUAUGGAUCAAUAAUGUUAUGGUCAAUCAUAAUGGUGAAUGCAAGUUUGUUGAUUGGCAAUUUCUUGCUGUUGGUAAUAUUUUUUUUGAUUUUGGGUUACUUGCAUUCUUGAGUGUAUCACCAGAGGACACUGAAAAGCAUAUUAAUUUUAUGACUGAAAGUUAUUAUAGCGAAUUUUCCAGAAUAUGCAUAGACAUGAAAUGUCAGGAUGUAAUUCCUUGGAGUUAUCAACAAUUUCAUGAAGCUGCAUUAAAACAGGGAAUGUUUAUUACUCUGAUUUGGUGUUGUAUGUCUUUUGAUUUAUCAGAGAAAUAUGCCGAUUAUCAAAAACGAACUUUGUGGAUACUCGAAAAGUGUGUAAAUAAUUGUCCGGAAUAUUUCUAA